UGCCACGAUGAGCGGAAGAAUGUGCAGCUGCCGCUGGAUCUCUCUGGCCAUGGCAGCUCUUGUCCUGUUGGCAAACGCACAAGAUGUGCCGUCGUCCAUGUGCCGUGAUGACGAGCUCUGCACCACGGUGGCCCACUGCACGGAGACGGACGACUCGGGUAGAAAGGGAAUCGGACCACGCAUUGCCCGCUUUUGCGGCACGGGCAAAAUGUGCUGCGAGCGCGCUCAGCUGGAGAGCUGGAAUGCCACGAUGGCAGCAGGGACAGUUCGGCAGCUGAGGGCAGGCCGGAGACCUGCGGUGUCUGCGAUCAGGGACAGGAACGGCAAAGUGCUGGAGCCGGAGCCCAACGAGAGCUGCGGCAUGAACAUGGAGUGCGUGCCGCGGAAACUGUGCCGCGACAACAUCAUCAUCGACGAUGGACGCAACAUCAUCAAUCCCAGGAUCGGCGUGGGACAGUGCAGUCGGUCCCUGCACCGCUGCUGUGCGGUGGACCAGAAGGUGGAGGCCAGCCAGAGUCCGUAUGUGGUGAAGCUGAACGGAUUCAAGUACAAGAGCUGUGGCUGGAGCAACCCGCAGGGCCUCAUACCCGACAGGGACACGUUCAACUACACGGAGGACGUGUCCAUCUUCGGCCAGUUCCCCUGGAUGGUGGCCAUCUUCACGGGUCGCCAGCAGUAUCUCUGCGGUGGCACGCUCGUCCAUCCCCAGCUGGUCCUCACCAGCUCCCACAACAUCAUCAACGAGACGGUGGACACUCUGAUGGCCCGGGCGGGCGACUGGGAUCUGAACAGUCUGGACGAGCCGUACGAGCAUCAGGGGCGGCGCAUCAAGCAGAUCAUCAUGCAUCCGGACUUCGAUCCGGAGGCCCUUUUCAACGACAUUGCCCUGCUGGUCCUAGACGAGCCCAUUCAGCUGGCGCCACACAUCCAGCCCCUCUGCCUGCCGCCCCCGGAGACGCCCCAGGUCGUGGACGAUCUGCUGUCGGCCACCUGCUUUGCCACCGGCUGGGGCGCCAAGGAGCCCAACAGCGACAAGCUGGAGAGGGUGCUCAAGCGCAUCGAUCUGCCGCUGGUGGAGCACGACGAGUGCCAGGCCAUGCUGCGCAACACCCGACUGGAGCAGCGCUUCCGUCUCCGGCCGAGCUUCCUCUGUGCCGGCGGCGUCGAGGGCAAGGACACCUGCAAGGGCGACGGCGGUUCGCCGCUCUUCUGCACGCUGCCCGGCCAGACGGAUCGCUACCAGCUGGCCGGCAUCGUCUCCUGGGGCAUCGAGUGCGCCGAGGCGGACAUUCCGUCAGUUUAUGCCAAUGUGCCCUAUCUGCGUCCAUGGAUCGAUGAGCAAAUCAAAGCUCUCGGCCUACAGGUAGCUGGGCCGUGAGAGGGAACUCUUCUAUCUGGACUCAAAAUAAAGAAAUUGAA